GAAAAUUUAUAGAUAAUUUAUGCGCAAGUUCAUGUGUUGCGCAUCUUCUAACGUGUGCGCUUAUUGGUUAGUUUGUGUCGCUUGUUGCGAUACAGUCACCAAUGAAGCUUCAUGCGUACUGGACCCAGAUUGUACCGUGAAAAACAUUGAGCCGACUAUCUAACCUAGUUCGGAUCUUUAUUUUUCUAUUUAAACUUUAUUUAUCAAUUAAAACAUUGUUUUUUAUUUGAUAAUAAUAUUUAUUUUGAGUGUAGUGGAAUAUUUAGUCUGAAAUUAAAAUAAUAGGUUAUCAUCAUGCCUCAAAAAGUUGAUUCGGAGGGGAACGUAUAUGUUUUUAAUGAUGAGGAUUUACCUUACGAAGAAGAAAUUCUACGUAACCCCUAUUCUGUGAAACACUGGGCUCGAUACAUUGAUCACUUAAAGAAUACAAAAAGUCCCAACAUCAACAUCGUCUUCGAGAGAGCUCUUAAAGAGCUUCCAGGUAGUUACAAAUUAUGGUACAAUUAUUUAUGCCAUCGAGUAAAUCAAGUAAAAAAUCGUCGCAUUGAUGAUCCUCUGUACGAAGAUGUUAACAAUGCAUUUGAACGUGCUCUUGUUUUUAUGCAUAAAAUGCCUAGAAUAUGGAUAGAUUAUUGUUCAUUUAUGACAAAACAAUGUUUUAUAACGAGAACUAGGCAUAUUUUUGAUAGAGCUUUGAGAGCUCUUCCCAUUACUCAGCAUCAUCGGAUAUGGCCGCUUUAUUUGGACUUUGUUAAAAGCCAUAAUAUUUCAGAAACAGGAAUUCGUGUAUUCCGUAGGUAUUUGAAGCUCGCUCCAGAAGAUACAGAAGAUUACAUUGAAUAUCUGAUCUCCAUAGACCGCCUUGAUGAAGCUGCGAUCAAACUUGCUCAAAUAGUGAAUCAAGAUGACUUUGUAUCAAAGCAUGGGAAAUCUAAUCAUCAGCUCUGGUCAGAAUUGUGUGAUUUAAUUUCUAAAAAUCCGACGAAAAUAAAAUCGUUGAAAGUUGAUGCUAUUAUCAGAGGAGGUUUAAGAAGAUACACAGAUCAAGUAGGAUCACUGUGGAAUUCUCUGGCAGAUUAUUACGUCAGAAGUGGACUUUUUGAACGAGCUCGUGAUAUUUAUGAAGAAGCUAUACAGACAGUGACAACAGUAAGAGAUUUUACCCAAGUGUUUGAUGCUUAUUCUCAUUUUGAAGAAUUGAUUACUGAUAAACGAAUGGAAGAAGUUAGCAAUAAUCCUAAUUCUGAUGAAGAUGAUGAUAUAGAGCUGGAGUUACGGCUAGCGAGACUUGAACAUUUAAUGGAACGUAGACCUCUUCUUCUAAACUCAGUUCUUCUUCGUCAGAACCCGCAUAAUGUUCAAGAGUGGCAUAAAAGAGUGAAGUUAUAUGAGGGACAGCCCCAUGAAAUCAUCAAUACCUAUACCGAAGCUGUGCAAACAGUUCAACCUCAUUUAGCUGUUGAUAAACUUCAUACACUAUGGGUGGCAUUUGCCAAAUUUUAUGAGGAGAAUGAUCAAAUAUCAGAUGCUAGAGUGGUAUUUGAAAAAGCAACUCAUGUUCCUUAUACAAAGGUUGAUGAUCUAGCAUCAGUUUGGUGCGAAUGGGCAGAAAUGGAGAUUCGUCAUGGGAAUUGUAUUGAAGCUUUGAAGUUAAUGCAUCGAGCAACAGCUAUACCAUCAAGAAGAGUAGCUUAUUAUGAUGAAACAGAGACAGUUCAAACGAGACUAUAUAAAUCAUUGAAAGUGUGGUCGAUGUAUGCUGAUUUAGAAGAAAGUUUCGGGACUUUUAGAACUUGUAAAGCAGUUUAUGAUAAUAUAAUCAAUCUUAAAAUUGCUACUCCUCAGAUUAUCAUCAAUUACGGUCUCUUUUUAGAAGAGAAUAAUUAUUUCGAAGAAGCUUUCAGAGCUUACGAGAACGGAAUUGCGUUAUUCAAGUGGCCAAAUGUUUAUGACAUUUGGAAUACAUAUUUAACUAAAUUCUUGAAAAGAUAUGGAGGUAGUAAGCUAGAAAGAACGCGAGAUUUAUUCGAGCAAUGUCUUGAACAUUGUCCACCUAAAUACGCCAAAGUCUUCUAUUUAUUGUAUGCUAAAUUGGAGGAAGAACAUGGAUUAGCUAAGCAUGCUAUGAAAGUUUAUGAACGUGCUACAAAUGCUGUUCCUAAUGAAGAAAGGUUUGAGAUGUUUAAUAUUUAUAUCAAGAAGGCUGCGGAAAUUUAUGGUGUUCCAAAGACACGCGAAAUUUAUAAAGAAGCUAUUGAAGUAUUGAAUGAUGAAAACUCAAGAGAAAUGUCGCUGAGGUUUGCGGAAAUGGAGACAAAGCUUGGAGAAGUUGAUCGAGCAAGAGCUAUCUAUGUUCAUUGCAGUGAAAUAUGUGACCCCAGAGUCACUUCCCACUUUUGGCAAGUCUGGAAGGAAUUCGAAGUACGACAUGGAAAUGAAGAUACAAUGCGAGAGAUGCUGAGAAUUAAAAGAAGUGUUCAAGCAAUGUAUAAUACUCAAGUCAACAUGAUGUCAGCACAGAUGUUGAGCAAUGUAAAUAUUUCUCAGACUUCUGAUACUCCGGUAGAUGCUAUGAAAAUGCUGGAUAGCAAAGCUGGUGCUGAUACUAAUACUUCAGUGACUGCUAGAGGUGCUAUUAGCUUCGUUCGUGGAGUUACUGAAGGUGGAGCUGCGAAUAAUAAUGCUAAAGUUAGUAAUCCAGAUGAAAUAAAUAUUGAUACGGAUGAUACUGAUAAUGAAGAAGAAGGAGAAGAAGAUGUUGAAGAGGAAGAUGUGCCCGUCAAAAAACGAAAAAUUCCUUCAGAAGUCUUUGGUGGACUGAAGUCCAAUGAUGAUGAAGGCGAAUAAGAUAAUUUUUUAUACAUAAUAAAGAAUGUAAUGUUAUCGAAUAAAAUAAAUUUGUAAUUAGCUUUUUUCAAA